AUGCUCGACGAGAAUCAACGAGACGGUGAGGAGGAAUUUAUCUACAACGAGUAUGCAAUUGACGACACCCUAGACCCACUCAACCGGCUCUUGAGCUAUCACUCUUCUGGCUUUUCAUUGCAGCGUCAAUUUUUGCUGCGUGAGCUCGCGGAUACUGUAAGGUAUGCUGGUUUUGAGCAGAGUACCAGCCACAUCAUUCCACUUCUGAGCAGAUUCACAAAUGACUGUGAACCCCUUGUGCGGCGCAUGUUGGUUCAGCAACUCCCGGAAGUGGCUGCAUAUUUUGUUCAGGAGGGUGGUGACGCUGGUUACAACUGUCUAUUAGGAAAGUUCCUUCCGAUUGGAUUUGAGAUGUUAGUAGACAAGAAUGUGGAGGUGGGGGCAGCAGCUUUGGUAGCGUUAAAAGCACUUGGUGAACUCGUUAAGCCCGAACAUAUUCAGGAGCACCUGCUUCAUGUUGCCAUAAUGUUAGCGCGCGACGAGAGGGCGGAGGAUUAUCGCGUUGUAGCAGCACUUCUAUUCAACGAAAUGGCGGGGCUUUUCGGUAAAGAGUGCUGUGUGAACGACGUGCUUCCGGAGUUGGAACUGUUGGCCAACGAUAGUAACUUUACCGUGCGAAAAACUGUCGGCGCGAACUUGGGAAAAGUAUGCGAGGUAGUGCAGGAGGAAAUAGCGGACAAGACUGUGCUACCGAUAUACCUUAAUCUGUGCCUGGACGAAAUCUGGGGGGUUCGUAAAGCUUGCGCGGAGAACAUCGAAGAGAUCUCUCUCGGUGUGAGUCCCACCGCCAGAGCUGAUAAACUCGUGCCCGCUUUUCGACUUUUGCUGGAUGACAACUCGCGUUGGGUGCGGAAUGGAGCUUACGAGUACCUGGGGAGAUUUUUGCACACACUUCGACCUUCAGAUCUAACUCCAGCCCUGCUCAAGACAUACACGGAUAUGGCUUUUGAGUCGGAGAAUGGCGACACAGAUUACAGUGAACCAUGUGCCUACUCGUUCCCUGCUGUUGUAGAGAUCGCAGGACCAGGUCGUUGGGACGAGGCUGGAGAUGCGUACGCAACCCUGCUCAAGGAUGUUAAAUGGAAAGUCCGCAAGUCCCUGGCCCAUUCACUGCAUGAAUUUGCUAAGAUUUUAGGUCGAGAUCUCACCGAGUCGCACCUUGUCACUGCUUUUGAGAUGCUUAUUAGAGAUCUUGACGAGGUGCGGUUGGGGGUCGUACUAAAUGCUGACGUCUUCCUUGCCGUCAUGGGCGUGGCAACGCGUGAGCGACUCGUUCCACUUCUUUGUCACGUACCCCUCGACAGUGAGAACUGGCGGCUUCGGAACGUGGUCGGGCAGAGGAUUGGCGAUGUUGGUGUACUGCUCGAUCCCACCAGCAGCAGUGCGCUUGGUUCGGUUAUCGCUCUAGUACUGCGUCUUCUUGAUGAUAGCGUGAUGGAGGUACGGCGGUCAACGUAUCGCUCAGCGGCCGUCCUUCUCAAGCAUUUGGCUGAUGCUGGGCGGGAGAACAGUUGCGGGGACUACGCGGACGCGUUACUGCAGAUCGCCGGUCGCUACAGUUUUCGUGAUCGGCUGAUGUUUCCAUAUAUUGCGGAGGAGGUAGCGAAACUGGACGCGGAGAGCCUGGUGGACAAGUACUUUCUCGAUGGGUUACUGAGUUUAGCGAAGGAUAAGGUGAGCAAUGUGAGGUAUGCUGUUCAUACCGCACUGACCCGCACAUUUCUGGUUAAUGAUAAAUGGGCACAUAAUACCAAAAUACAACAGAUUGAGGAUGCACUGAAGGACAGUGAAGACGAGCAGUGA